AUGGACAUGACCAUGGUCCACUUCACUGAAGCUAUUGAGCUUCUCUGUGAAGAAUGGAUCACAGCAGAAGCUAUAGAUGAACAGGUUCAGCAUAGGAGUGACCACACGGUGUACAUCACCGAGGUUAUGGAGCUUCCCUGGGAAGAACAGGUCACAGGAGAGCUGAGGGUAUCAAUUUUGUUCCAACGCAAUCUGAUCUCUUGGUUGGAACAAGAGGAAGAGUUGAGGACAGUGGAGAGAAGAGUCUUCCAAGAAUCAGAAAUGCAUCUUAAAACCAAAGACUCAGCAGUUCCUCCACAGGAUAUUUUAGGGGAAAAAACUUCCAAUAGGAUAGAAACGGAAAGAAGCCACAAUGGAUGGGAACUCUGUGAGUGUAAGGAAUGUGGUAAAGACUUCAGUGAACAAUUACGCCUUAAGAUGCACAGGAGAACUCACUAUGGAGGAAACACUUAUGAGGAUAAUCAGUGUGGGAAAAGCUUCCUUAUUCUGCACAAGAAAUCCUCUACUAGAGAGGAAAUUUCUGUGUUUAAUCAAUGGAGAAAAGCCAUUGGCCUGACUCCAAAUAUUGUGUCAGGGAAACUAGCAUGCAUGAGAAAGCCUUUGAAUGCAGUGACAGUGGGUAAGCCUUUGUUAAUCAGUCUUACUUUCAGGCACAAAUGA